AUGACAGAAACCGCGGACAAUCGACAGGAUGUACUGCUCGUUGGUUUUGGAGCUGUUGGUGCUCUAUACGGAUGGCUGCUUGAACAGUCUAAAGGCGUUCGAGUCACCGCAGUCGCCAGAUCAAACUACAAAACAGUCCAAGAACAGGGCGUGCAGAUUGAGUCGGCCAAAUUCGGCAAGCACUCAUGGCAACCUUAUAGAGUGCUCCACGACGUACAUCAAGCGGCAGAUAGGGACUACAAAUUCAUUCUAUGCACAUAUAAACACCUCCCUGAUGUUACCCCGACACAGGAUAUCUUGGGACCUUGCUUACAUCGCUCAAACUGCUUUGUGCUGCUACAAAACGGAAUAGGGAUCGAAGAACCUCUCCAAGAGCUUGUCCCCCAUGCGACAAUAAUCAGUGCUGCGAUCUGGGUUGGCGCAAACCUAAAGGAAUCUCGCAGAGUCGUGCACAAUGAUCUUGAACUGCUCGUCGUUGGUAGAUUUAAGGGAGAGAAGCGUGGACCUAAUCAUCAAAUGGUAACCUCAAAGAUGCCAGAAGCGGAUGCAGACAGGCUGCUUGAAGACCUAGUCAAGUUAUUGCAUGCCGGUAAUUCGAAUACCUUACCUGUUUCGGAUAUCCAACCAGUGAGAUGGAAAAAGAACUUGUGGAAUGCAACCUUCAGUAGUUUAGCUACAUUAGCAGGCGAGCCAAUGUCUGUUCUUAUGCGUGAUGAGAAUGUAAAUAAUGUUAUCCCGAUCGCGAGGAGAACAAUGCUUGAGAUUCUCUUCGUUGCCCGCAGUAUGGACAUUAAUGAAGACAAAUUACCUGCUACUGCUGUCGACGAGCAGUUGUCACUAACUUUGAGCCAAUUUGGAGGUAUCCAACACGCGAACGAGCAACGGAUAGGAGAAAGUGAAGAGGCAGCAGCCGGAAGAGCCGCUUUCAAGCCCUCUAUGCUCGUAGACCACGACAAUAAUCGUCCAAUGGAGUUGCAGUGCAUCGUGGGCUCUAUAGUUCAGCGUGCACGAGAAUUCUCCGUGGAGACCCCCAGGAUUGAUAUGGCGUACUCCAUUCUCUCCGUAAAGCAACGCAAGUUUGUUGAGCUCGCCGGGGCAGCUCAACAUAAACCUACAGCUCGUAUGUCGGCUGAGCUUGCUCAACGCUUUGCUCGCAGCGAUUCGCCAGUGGUACCCUCGGGUACUCCUCUUGACCUGCCAUCAACACCAACCAAGAUUUAA